GAAGAUUUUCUCCUCAGGAAUCCAGGAGAGCAGGGAGGAGACAGGGGUGUUGUUUUCACCACCCCCCCCAGCCCAGGGUCCCCCACCCUUUCUCAGAGCCAGGCUGGAGAAUCCCCUAGAAGAAAGCAGGUGGGAGGCUGGGUUGGUGUUCUGCCCUGUCCUUUCCCUGUGCUGACCUCUCUCCAUCUCGGCCUGACUGCAGACAAGGAUGAGGGUGACCACCCGAACAACAGCUUCAGUCCCUGCAGUGCGCAUGACCGCAGGUGCCUGCAGAAGCACUUAGCCAAAAUUCGAGACCGCAGCACCAGCGGGGGCAAGAUGAAGGUCAUCGGGGUGCCCCGGGAGGAAGCUCGGCCCGUGCCCCAAGGCUCCUGCCAGAGUGAGCUGCACCGGGCCCUGGAGCGGCUGGCCGCCUCACAGAGCCGCACCCAUGAAGACCUCUACAUCAUCCCCAUCCCCAACUGCGACCGAAAUGGCAACUUCCACCCCAAGCAGUGUCACCCGGCCUUAGAUGGGCAGCGCGGCAAGUGCUGGUGUGUGGACCGGAAGACAGGAGUGAAACUUCCAGGGGGCCUGGAACCAAAAGGGGAGCUGGACUGCCACCAGUUGGCUGACAGCUUCCGCGAGUGAGCCCUGCCAGGAGGCAGGGGGCUCUGUGCUCCCUGUCACCCCAUCCCCUAGAGGCUGCAGAGCUGACCUGGAGCCUGGGUCUGAGUCCUGGCUCUGUCUCUGGCCCAGAAAUUUCCCUUUGUGUAUGUAUGUGUGUGUGUAUGGGUGUGCCCUUGGGGUGAGCCAAAGCCUAGGGGUGUCCUCUCUGGGCUUAGAUAGCCUGAGAGGUCUGAGAGUGGCAAUAAGGAGCCCUUGUGUUUCCAAAUUGAUCCUGGACUCAUUCAUUCAUUCAUUCAUUCAUCCAGCCACUCAUCUAAAAACAUUUAUUGACAACAUACUACAGGCCAGCUCUAGUUUUUAGCCCUGGGGGCUCUUAUUCUGACUUUCUCUGAUUUGGGGAUGUGAGGCUACUUCCUCUAAGCUGAGCAUAAGCUUGUGGGGGAAGAGGAGUCUCAUGUCCGGAAUCAGAGGAGGGAGGUAGACAUGUACUUUGACCAUCGUUCCUUGUACCAUUGUCCCUCCCCUCAAUCUAGUCAGAGGGUGGAGGCUGUAAGGAAGGUGUGGGUGGCAGAUGAUUCAGUGGCGAGGAGUCCCAGACCCACUCCCAAAGAUCAAGCCUGCCAGGGUGCCCUUCCUCUCUUCCUUAGUUCCCUCCAGGGGGAAGGACCUAUAGAGACAAGCCCAACUUUGGGUCUGGUGUGCUGUUUACUUGGUGGCCUGGCAGCCCAGACCCUGCUUUGGGGGAGGGAAGAGGGUCAGAAGAAGGCAUGUGGGACAGAGGGCUGGGGAGGUGGGCCCCAUCUCUGAACAGUCAGGGUGGGAGGAAAGAAUGUACAAUCGAACUGCAUGUGCCUGAUGGAGAAGAGACACACAUGCUCGGGGGUGAAGGACUUGCCCGGUGUCCUGCUUCCUCCCCUGUUUUCGUCACAGCCACAGAGUCAUCAAGAUGACUCUGUCCUUCUAGUGGCUCCCUGCCUGUGGCCUUGCCUCCUUCCCUAUACCUCCCUACCCUCCAGGCAUUUCUGGCUUGACUGGAUGGAAGGAGACUUAGGGACCUACCAGUUGAUCAUGAUGUCUUGUCUUUUUUUUUUUUUUUUAACAAAACAGAACAAAACAACAACAAAAAAACUA